AUGCAGGAUCAACGGGUGGACCAGCAAAAGCUAUCGGAAAGCUCUCGAUCAAGCCUGUAUAGUAAAUCCAUGUUUCACUCACGGGCGGUCAUCGAAGCUGGUGAUCUGGUCAUCGUGUAUAUGUCUAGGGACAAUCUCACAUCGAUCAUCAUCACUCCUGGAGAAGAGAUGCACAACAAAUUCGGUCGAUACGCUCAUGUAGAUCUGAUCGGGCAGAAAUUCGGUACAAAACCGAGAUAUGAAAAGGCACUAGAGGAAUUCAAAUCCCAUGGACUCGAGAAUGUGCGACUGCAGCACAGAAAUGUUUGCAAGGACGGUUUCAAUGAUGCGUCAGGAGUAGAAGCAGUAUUCUUGGAUCUCCCUGCCCCUUGGGAAGCGAUACCCCACGCGAUGAAAACGUUACGACCCGAUAUCAUCACGAAAAUCUGUUGCUUCAGUCCUUGUCUUGAACAAGUUCUGAAGACGGUGUCCACUCUUCGAUCAGAAGGCUUCUCAGAUAUCUUCACCCAAGAGGUACUCAUCCGUACGCACGAGCUUGUCAAAGAGUCUGAUCCCGAUCAUCUCACCUCUGUCUCAUCCGUCGUGGAUUCUCUGAAAGCUCAUGAGAAACGAAAAGUAGAGAGGAGAGCUGUUCAAAUGAAGACCGCCAGGGAAAAGGCUAGACGGCAAAAAGAGAACCGAGAUGGCGUUUCUAGCUCUGAACACGUCGAACCUGGUCAAAAGAGGAAAUUAGAAGAGGAUAAAGCCGAAGGUACACCAUCAGCAGAUAUCGAUAAUGAAGAAAAACAGCAGGAACAAGUCAAAGAAUACUCGGCUUGGAUUGAACCCGAUACACAACUGAAGAACGUAGUACUUACCAAACCCACUCCUGAAAUGAAAGGACAUACAUCUUAUCUUACCUUCGCAUCAUUAUACCCCGAAAUUAUACGGAAUGCAAUCGCUGCUCAAGAAUCUAGCAAAUCCGCCGUAGCGACACCGAGACUGGCUGAGCUAGUGGCGGAGAAAUUAGCAGGGAGGGCAGGUAGUCAGGAAACGGAAUAUGGCAGUGAUGGUCUUGAUGAGGUGAUGGGAACAUUGACUGAAGAGGAGAUGAUUGCUCUUGCAGGUAAGUAG